AUGGCGACUGGUCUUGAUGCAGAACUUUAUUAUGUGAGAAACGAUCUUAUUAGUCAUUACGCUCUAUCCUUUAACCUGUUAGUACCCAGUGAGACAAAUUUCCUGCACUUCACUUGGCAUGCUAAGUCCAAGGUUGAAUAUAAGCUGGGAUUUCAAGUAGACAAUUUUGUGGCUAUGGACAUGCCCCAGGUCAACAUUUCUGUUCAGGGGGAAGUUCCACGUACUUUAUCAGUGUUUAGAGUUGAGCUCUCCUGUACUGGCAAAGUAGAUUCUGAAGUUAUGAUAUUAAUGCAACUCAACUUGACAGUAAAUUCUUCAAAAAAUUUUACAGUCUUAAAUUUUAAACGAAGGAAAAUGUGCUACAAAAAAUUUGAAGAAGUAAAAACUUCAGCCUUGGACAAAAACUCUAGCAGAACUAUUUAUGAUCCUGUACAUGCAGCUCCAACCACUUCUACACGUGUGUUUUAUAUCAGUGUAGGGGUUUGCUGUGCAGUAAUAUUUCUUGUAGCAAUAAUAUUAGCUGUUUUGCACCUUCAUAGUAUGAAAAGGAUUGAACUGGAUGACAGCAUCAGUGCCAGCAGUAGUUCCCAAGGGCUGUCUCAACCAUCGACUCAGACAACUCAGUAUCUGAGAGCCGACACGCCCAACAAUGCAACUCCUAUCACCAGUUAUCCUACUUUGCGAAUAGAGAAGAACGACCUGAGAAGUGUCACUCUUUUGGAGGCCAAAGCCAAGGUGAAGGAUAUAGCAAUAUCCAGGGAGAGGAUAACCCUAAAAGAUGUACUCCAAGAAGGUACUUUUGGACGUAUUUUCCAUGGAGUUUUAAUAGAUGAAAAAGAUCCAAAUAAAGAAAAACAGGCAUUUGUGAAAACAGUUAAAGAUCAAGCUUCUGAAAUUCAGGUGACUAUGAUGCUCACUGAAAGUUGUAAGCUGCGAGGUCUUCAUCAUAGAAAUCUUCUUCCUAUUACGCAUGUGUGUAUAGAAGAUGGAGAAAAGCCCAUGGUGAUACUGCCUUACAUGAAUUGGGGGAAUCUUAAAUUGUUCUUACGGCAGUGCAAAUUAGUAGAGGCAAAUAAUCCCCAGGCAAUUUCUCAGCAAGACUUGGUACACAUGGCCAUUCAGAUUGCCUGUGGAAUGAGCUAUCUGGCCAGAAGGGAAGUCAUCCACAAAGAUCUGGCUGCUAGGAACUGUGUCAUUGAUGAUACACUUCAAGUAAAGAUCACAGACAAUGCUCUGUCCAGAGACUUGUUCCCCAUGGACUAUCACUGUCUGGGGGACAAUGAAAACAGGCCAGUUCGGUGGAUGGCUCUUGAAAGUCUAGUUAAUAAUGAGUUCUCCAGUGCUAGUGAUGUGUGGGCCUUUGGAGUGACACUGUGGGAGCUCAUGACACUGGGCCAGACACCGUAUGUGGACAUUGACCCCUUUGAGAUGGCUGCAUACCUGAAAGAUGGCUACCGAAUAGCUCAGCCAAUCAACUGUCCAGAUGAACUAUUUGCUGUGAUGGCCUGUUGCUGGGCCUUAGAUCCGGAGGAGAGGCCCAAGUUCCAGCAGCUGGUGCAGUGUCUCACAGAAUUCCAUGCAGCCUUGGGAGCCUAUGUGUGACACUCCUGUCACAGUCCUACACCAUUAGGAGGAACACACCUGUCAGAGGUCAUUUGGAGCCAGUCAGGGACACUUCGUAUAUAAUGCAACACCAGUAGAACCACACUUGUCUUCCAAAACACCGUGCCUUAGGAAUGCUUUAGAAUCUGAACUUUUUAAUACAAACUUAAUAUUGUGGAAUAUUUUUUAGAUAUCACUUUUAUUAGGUUGAACUGAAAGGUUUUUUAUUAUUUUUUUGGCCAAAAGAUUUUUAAAACAUAGUUAUUUUGGACUAUGGGUACAUUCUUACAAAAUAAAUAAACAGUUUUUAAAAUUGUUUAAACACAGAUAUUUGAAAUAGCUAAUAGUGCCAACUGCUUUUUAUUUUUUUACUUCAUCAAAGGUAAUCAUAGGUGAGUCACCUUUAAAGGUUUUUUUUUUUUUUUUUAAAUCACUAGUCCUGGAAAUGGCUUGUCUUCAAGAUGUAGUACUUUUCUUAGGAAAAGUAACAUAAAAAGAUCUGGUUUGCCUAAUUCAAGAAAAGGCAAUAUUGGAAGAAGAAAAUUUAUAGAAAAUCUCAAAAUUUUUGAAUACUUAUUAGGAACAGAAACAACUCUUGCAUGGAAAGUGGCAUAUUUUUAGUUUUAUUUUUUAAUAACAUGGAGUUCUGCUUUACUAUAUUGGGGGAAGCAGGAGCUAGAUUUAUCACAUCUUAAACUGGUCAGAAAUUAACUUUUCUAUGAGCCAUCAGUUGGUUUGGAGCAGGUCAUUAGUAAACAGUGGCAAUUUUAUUUAUUCUUACUCUCUGGAAAAGGAGAUGAUACAGAAAGUGAAAUCCUGUUUCCAAGGUUAAGGCUGCCUUUAUUGCACCCAAAAUAGUGCUAUGCACAGAGUGGGUGCUUGAGUUGUUAUGGGUAAAAAAACGGAAACUGGUCAAUUUUGUGCUUAUCUUCUAGGCUGGCUUAAGUAUAAAAUUUGUUUUUAAAACACUUGAAAAAUUAAAGGAUUUGUUUUUAUAUU